AUGGCCUUUACAGAUGAGAAGACUGAGGCUCAUGUGUUCAGCACUGUGCUAGGUGCUUUCACGGAUGACAUUGUCACAGCAUUUGCUGCAAGAUCUACUAAGUUAGAAUCUCUUAAGGGCGGGCUGCAAGAAUCUGCAUUUCAUCUAGUUCUGCAGCACUCCCUGAGCACCAUAUCCAAUGACCUGAAGAUUUUGUGCAGUGACUCCUACCUGAAGCUGAGCAAUUACCGGGACCAGCAGUUCAGUGGCGAUAACCAAGAGCAUGAAAAAUUACUGAAGGAAAGCUGCACGCUGUAUGUGGGGAAUCUUUCCUUUUAUAUAACUGAAGAGCAGAUAUUUGAGCUCUUUACUAGAUGUGGUGAUCUCAGGAAUGUAUUUAUGGGCUUGAAUAAAAUAAAGAAAAUGACAUGUGGUUUCUGUUUUAUAGAAUACUAUAGCAGAGCUGAUGCGGAAAAUGCCAUGCGGUUCCUAAAUGGGACCUUCUUAGAUGACUGUAUCAUCCGCACAGACUGUGAUCUAGGCUUUUGAGAGGGCAGACAGUAUGGCCGUGGCUGGUCUAGGGGCCUGGUAAGAGAUGAGUUUCGUGAAGACUUUGAUGCUGGUAGAGGAAGCUUUGGAAAACAAGCUCAGGCCUGCGAUAAGAAAGGAACCUACUAG